AACAUAUAUAAACUAGAAAAUCCCAUACUAAUUUACUUAAGAUUUUCCUUGAGGGGUAUUAAUUAAUAGGAAGUUAGAUUGCACCUAUAUCUACAUAAGCUCGAUCUGUAUUUUGGUUCAUCAUUUUCAUUCUUUAUUAUAGCGAAAUCAACAUAAACUAGAAAAUUUUCAUUAGGAAACGCGAAGCUAGGUUUCUAAAAUUAGUAAGUAUUCACCAAUGCCAUAUUGCCAUGUGGUGGAGGCGCUCCUCUUCCAUCAUCACAUUCUAAAACAUCAUCUUCUCUCUCCCAAACUCUCUCCAAGUGCAUGUUUCUUUGCAUCAAGGUUAUUUUAUUACUUGAUGAAGAAUUUGCGAUCGACAAUCAUUAAUUUCUUGCUGAAAUGACCAUGUGUUCUUGUCAUUGUCCCAAAUUUAUAUUUGGAUGUUGAUUUGCAAAGUGCGACAAAAACGAAGAAAAUAAGUGGCACCAUCCCUCUUUAAAAUUAAAUUAAUAUUGUUGGUCUCUAUUGACAAUAAGUUGUUGGACAUAAUUACUCGUCUUCAUCUCGCUUACUUCAUUGCAUCAGUCAUUCCAGCCUAAUUUGAUUUCGCUGUCGUUAAAUGCAAAUCAUACAAAUUAUACCAGUCGCAUUUGCCUUCUUCAUGAUGGGAUUUCCUCCCUUUCUUGCUCCAACCAUUCAUUUCCCAACUUUAUUAUUGCUCUACAAGUUUAACUUUGCCUUCAAUUAUUUAUCUGAUAUUCAUAAAGGGGAAUUACACGUAAACAAAAUCAUUAAUUAACAAAUUGUCAAGUCCCCUUUAUAUACAGGUGAUUUUGAACUACUUAAUUUAUAGUGCAAAGCCAUGGAUGAAGGCAGCAUUCAAGAAAGGCUCCUAAGUUCCAAGGCAGAAGACGAACACAACUUGAGACGAAGAAUUAGUAUCGAGUCGAAGAAGAUAUGGAGGAUCGCAACGCCUGGUGUGAUCUCACGAGUGAGCUCGUUCGGGACCAUCGUGGUGACGCAGUCGUUCAUUGGCCACAUCAGUGCGGUGGAUCUCGCCGGUUACGCCCUCGUCCAAACCCUCAGCGUCCGCUUCGUCAACGGAAUACUGAUUGGAAUGUCGAGCGCCACAGAGACUCUGUGCGGGCAGGCGUACGGGGCGAAGCAGUAUCACAUGAUGGGGAUCUACCUGCAGCGAUCAUGGAUCAUUGAUCUGAUCACGCUGCUCAUUCUGCUUCCGGUCUUCAUCUUGGGCACUCAGAUCUUCAGGCUCCUCGGGCAGGAGGAGGGCAUCGCGGAGUCGGCGGGAUACAUCUCUGUGUGGUUCAUCCCGUUCGUGGUGAGCCUCAUCUUCAGCCUCACCGUGCAGAUGUACCUGCAGGCGCAGCAGAAGAACUUGAUCAUCGCCUGGCUCUCGGCUCUCCAGUUCGCCAUCCACAUUUUCUGUUCCUGGCUUUUUGUCUACGUUCUCGACCUCGGAUUAGCUGGUGCCAUGGCUGCGCUCUGCAUAUCUUCGUGGUUUCUGGUUGGGGGAGAGUUCGUCUACAUCUUUGGCGGCUGGUGCCCCGAUACGUGGCAGGGCUUCUCCAUUGCUGCGGCCAAGGAUUUAUGGCCGGUUGUCAAGCUCUCUGUAUCAUCUGGUUUGAUGAUCUGUCUUGAGCUCUGGUACUACGCGAUUCUCGUGCUGCUAGCUGGCUACACCAAGGAUGCACAAGUCUCCAUUUCUGCCUUCUCCAUCUGCCUCAACAUCAAUGCUUGGAUUGUGAUGAUCAUCCUUGGCCUCAUGGGCGCUGCAUGCGUUCGCGUUGCAAAUGAGCUAGGCAGCGGAGAUGCCAAAGCUGUGAGGUUCUCAAUCAAAGUGAUCAUGGGCACCUCAGUCACAAUGGGGGUCCUCUUCUGGAUCUUCUGCUUGGCUUUCGGCAACAAAAUCGGCUACUUGUUCACCAACGAGGAGGAGGUCGCGGAGACCAUCUCCCGUCUCUCAGUUCUGCUAGCCUUCACUGUGCUGCUUGGCAGCAUCUUCCCGGUGCUCUCGGGUGUGGCUGUGGGAUCAGGGCUACAAUCUAAGGUGGCUCUGAUCAAUCUCAUUUGCUUCUACGGCAUUGGGUUGCCGGUUGGAAUUGCUCUUGGAUAUUGGUUUAAUCUUGGUGUGGAGGGCAUAUGGGUUGGGCUGACGGGCGGAGUUCUGACUCAGACAUUUUCGUUGAGCACCUUGAUAUGGAGAACAGACUGGGAUCAAGAGGUAUCGAAAACUUCGGCACGUCUCAACCAAUGGUAUUUGGAAUCACCAGAUAAUGAUAAGCACGUUUCUGGUGUUGCUUGACAAGAAAAUAUCACAAAAAUAUUCGCUAGCUAGGUUAUAACUUAUGUUAAGCCAGUGUACUUCAAUAAUUAUGUGUAUCUAUUCUUUUGACCAGUUUGUUUGAGAGAAGCAAUCGUAUUUAUUAUUUUGAAUAA